CAAACCGAUUUCAGCGAAAAGAGACAUGCAAGAGCAAUGCCAUUCCACGACAAGAAGAGAAAACACACUCAGACCUUCAUGCACCCACAAUUUUUUAAUUCGCCUAGUGCGCUCUAUUAACAACUAUAAAAAAAUUAACGCAGAAAGAAAUGCAGAGGACCAAUCUUUGAAGAGUUUCUCGCCAGCAAGUCGGAGAGGAAAACCCGAGUAAAGAACGACGUCGACUUCUCUGAGCCGAGUUGGAGACGAAGAGCAAAAGAUAGAGGAAGAACGACUGCAAAAUGAUACUUAAAGCAAGAAAACAUUGUCGAUGCAUCAACUGAAGCUGGAGAGGAAGAGCAAACCUCCCGAGGAUGAAUUGCGAGGAAAAGAGAUGGAGAGGACGAAACCCUCACUAGUGCGUCGACUGAAGUGUGAGAGGAAAAUUGGAUGACAACGAAGAACCUGUGCGAAACGCGACAGAGAGGAAAAAUGAAGAUGACAACAACAAAUAAAAAAAAAACAGCAAGCUACCCUGAUAAGAAAAAAACGGAGAGAAGAAGGGGGAAUGGUGGAAUAACGAAAAGGAAAGACAUCAUUCUCUCACAUGAUUUAGCUCGAUUAAUGACGUCAAUUAGAAAUUGAUCACGUAGAUCAUUCCCCCAAUUACUCUUCGCAAAAUGGGCUCUCAUAUUGGAAUUGGACCUAGGAUGACCGAGUUAAACUGACAACCAAAAAACUAGUAGACAUGCUAACCCUUUCCUAAAUAUUGAACUACCCGCCCAUUGCCAUAGUCCAUAAGGGCUCAAGAUAGGGUGCAUAACCAUGGGUUAUGAAUAGGGGUGGCAGUCGGUCGGUUUCAGUUUAACCGAAAACCGAAAUCUCGGUUUUCGGCUAAACCAAGACACGAUCAACUGUUGUCGUCGACGGACCGUCCAACCACCCUCGGUUAGCCGCAAAUGGACUGACCGAUUUUCAAUUUCUACGUGGUUUAACCAGGGCAACCGAAAUUUGAAGGCUGGUUCGGUUGGAGCCACCUAACCGACCUGUAACCGGCCAAAACCGACCGGACAGCAAGGGAAGAAAACCUAAAAUCGCCUAAAAUUUGAGUGAUGAUUCUGCUUCUGGCGGUCUGGCCCAGAAUCAAGAAGAAGAGCUUCUCCCAGACCGAGCUUCUCUCCUUCCUUAUUCUGUCUGGCGCCGAGCAGUGGAGGAGGCGGCGGGGCGCGGGGGAGGCGGUGGGGGACGCCGAGGUGUGGAGUGCUCUACAAAGUUUCGACCUAACUAAUGCAAAAAUACAAAUCGAAAUCAGCUUUCAUCAGGUAUAGAAGAUAAUGAAAGUCAAAUAUAAAGAAUAAGAUGGAAGCUCAAAAUCAUAGGAGGAAAACCUGCUCAGGAGCAAUUUCAACCGGAUUUCAAUAGUAUUCUUAGGGUCAAGCGAGCUUCAGGGGCAAGGAAAAGCUAAAAUUAGAAAAUGUAUGAGAGAGCUGAAUUACCGCUGGGGAUGGAGAUCUGUUCCCUCUAGUAAAAGAAAUGGCUGGAGUAUCAGUACUCUUUCCGUUCGCGGGCGCAGGGGAGGCGGCACCGCUGCGGCCGGGGGGGGGGGGGGGGGUGUGCCGAUUUGAUUCUCCUUGACCUUGACUGUGGAGGCGGCGAGGCGGGUGACGGGCGAUAAGGCGCGGCGGGGGCCGGGGAGGCGGAUGUCGGCGAGGUGAGGCGGCGGGCAGAGGCAGAGUGUGUGAGGGUUGACGGAGAACGAAGGCCAGCAGUGCUAGGGUUGGGGGGCGGGGGGGAAUUGGUGUAUUUAAGAGUAGGCCAAACGACGUCGUUUCAUCUCGGUCGGUUAGCGUCGGUUAGCCGGUCAACCGACUUUGGUUUCUCGGCUAACCGCCUGACCACUGAUCCCUUCUGUCAACCGACCGCCCCUCUGCUUUUUCGGUUUCCGGUUAGGCGCUAACCGCGGUUAACGGUUAGACCGGUCGGUUAGCCGCUAACCGGCAACCGAAAUGACAGCCCUAGUUAUGAAGCCAUCAAUAACUAAAUUUGGACCCUUCAUUUAGAAAAUCCAGAUCUAAAGAUGGAGAAUUAAAGACUAUUUUUAUUUUCCCUAACUUUCUUAAUCGGCUCAUAUCUUCUUCGUUUUAACUCGUUUUUUUUUUUGCACAAAUGGAACGAGUUCGCUGUGCUCUACAAAAUGAGAUUCAUUUUCAAUAUUUUUUUGAGAAAUUUUUUUUUCUUGCCUCUCGGUACCAACUGCAUACCAUAUGGUAUCUUCUUCAUUUUUAAUUCGUUUUUGAAAAUGUUUGCACAGAAGGAACGAGUUCAUCAUGAUCUAUUGGAUCUACAAAUUUCUGGGUGAACAAAUUACAGGUCCAAAAAAUACCACACAAUACCACCUUGGUACGGGGUGGUAUCUUGUGGUACACAAUGUUAAAAGUCGUAAAUGACAGUUAAUAUACUUCUACUAUAAUGUAUUCAACCAUCCUAUUGUCUUGGUUUGUUUAUACCACCAUGGUACGUUUUUCAAACCAUAGGUAUGCUCUUAUUUCAAUACUACUCAAUACCAUAUGGUAUAGACUAGUAAAAAAUGGCUCAAUUUUUUUGUUCGAAAAAUAUAUCAAAGUGGAUAUCAUUUUGAAGAGAACAAUUAAUAUGAUCUAACUGUGCAAAAAAUUAAAUUUCGACUU